AUGGUGGAUUCGAGCUCAUGGUCUCGGGCGCUGGUGCAGAUCUCGCCCUACACCUUCUCAGCUAUCGGGAUCGCCAUCUCUAUCGGUGUGUCCGUUCUCGGCGCUGCUUGGUAAUAAUCCCUUUCUUUCUCGUCCCUCAUUUUCUCCUUCAUUCCCUUAUUUGGUGCCUCUCAAAUCAUUCUAUCUAUCCAUCCUAAAUGUGCAAUGCGAAUUUCAGCUAUUUUAGUGUUUGAAUCUUUACUAGCUGAAUUCCUCUUUUUUACGUUGCUCGGGCGGUGUGGGGGUGUGUAGGGGGAUCUACAUAACAGGAAGCAGCUUGAUCGGUGCUGCCAUCAAAGCCCCGCGAAUCACUUCGAAAAAUCUAAUCAGGUGAGGUGGGAAAUUUAUAUUCACGUCACCAUAAUAUUUUGAUUGUUGUCGCUGCAACGUUGUGGACUGUCGAUCGUUUAGAUUUGUCUUCGUUGAAUUCCAUGUCUUCUAUUUAUAUUAGUUGUCGACCUCAUCUGUUUUUGGUUGAGUUCGUAAAUGCGUAGUAUGCUGUUUCUUAUUUCACUUCCCUCUUCGCGACUGAAGAACCGUCUUCGACUUCGCCUAGGAAUGUUGUUCCUUUGCUUGAAAUAGACCGAGAUCAGAGUGCCAAUUCUUAUAGUUUUAGUUUGUAGUCACAUGGAACACUCAUGCACUUUCUGCUUGAUUAGAUAGAUAAAAAAAAUUCGCGAAAGAAUGACUACUCGGAUUCCAUUUUUUCCAAUUUCAAAUGGUGCAUUCUGUCCCACUUGAAAGAAUGUUUCGUGAUAGAAGUUGGUUGUAUCCAGGAUGCAUCUACGUGAGAAAACUAUUUUCCUGAUGUGCUAAGUCUGUGGUCACUAACAAAAAAAAAAUGAUUAGCAUAUUAUGCCUCAACUGAACUUAAGAGUUUGGUAUUAUAUCUUAAGUGAAGUCUGCCAACGUGUCACAUAAAAGUUCACUAUCAGUGGAAAACUUAAUUUCGUAUCACUUGAAAAAAAGGGCAUCACAAAUAUCCAUUUGCAGCAAUAAGUUAGGGGGGCUGAUGGAGAAGGGAUCUCUAAGGUAGCAACUUUGAAUCCAUUUGCUUAAAUAUUCUAAUUGAAUGGAUGAUUAUCAGAGUAUCAUUAAAUUGUUCGAGAUUCCUUAUGUUGAGGCAGCCAAGUUAAGGUAUGCAUAUCGGACGUUACUGAUUAGGCAAAAGGUGUGACACCUAAAAACAAUGUAAGUUUUCCUUGAAAGUUCUUUGGAAUAUCGUGGUACUCAACUCGCUGCACUGUAUGGAGUGCCAUUCUCAUCUGCAAAUAACGUGAAAGAAUGAUGAUGGUGAAGAAUUCACAGAUUACAAGAAAAUAAAACCUUGCGAUUUGUGAGCUAGUGUCAAUUUAUUUGUUACUAUCUUUGUUAUAGUAAUUCUCGGAAUCAACUGUAGGCCAUAGUAUGCUAUCUUUUGAUAGCGUUGUAGAACAUUUUGAAGUGCUUUCGCAGCUUUACGUUAAAAAUGAUUUCUCUCUUAUGUGGUGGCUUUGAAUAAUCCACUCGAAACGAGAUUCAUUAGAGAUGAAUUUCUCCCCGUGCUUCUUUUUUUGGGAAACAUUUUACAACCUUUUAUUCUUCUGUCCUAGUUUUCAGUUUUUCCAAGUAUUAAGGGCUUUUUCUUGAUGAAUACUAGUCCAGCCCUUGAAACAAGAAGAUGAAAUGUUUGAAUAUUAACAAUCUUGUGGAAGCCAUCUGAAGCAACUUUAAUUUACCACACAGGAUACACAUUUAGUUGGAAAGAUGACUCCAUGAAUAUGCCGCAAUUAGUUAUUGAGAAAUUGGUAGUGAAAUUUAAUGUAUUAUUGGUUGAAAAUGACACGUUUCUAAAGCAUGUUCUCAUUAGACACCCAUGGACGUCCGUACGGCAUUUUAAAAAUGAACCAUCCUCGGGUGUUGAGCUUAAAGAGAUGGUAAAUCAUGUUGGUUACUAAUAUUUAAUAUUUGGCCUAUUUCAAUUAAUAUAGUUGGGGUAGUAUUUGCUGAUAUCUUUUGUGUUGCUUUUACAUGGCCAAGAAUAUUAUUUUUUUAGAAGGUGGUCCUCCCACUAUUAAAUUGAAAUUUGGCAAACAGAAAAUGCAAUACAAUAAAAAUAAACAGGAUGAAGAAGGAAAAUCCAGAAAUUUAGAAUUACUAUAGGAAGAUGGGAAAAGCCACCGAUUUCCUCCCCUCAUCACAUAAGGUGGUGUACGAGUAUGAUAAAUAAACUAGAAAAUAAUAGCUUUUCUCUUCUUGACCAUAUUCUAUUCACCCGAUUGAUGUUCAUUAUCUUUCUUUAUUGCUCUAGACUGAUAUGAUACAAAUAUUAAGCCCUAUGGACAGCUCCUGGUAAUGUUUUUAACAUCUCUUGGGAUUUUCUGUUGCUCCUCUGUUCAUUAUACAUUCGGUGGGAAUACACUUCAACUAAUCUGAGUUUCUGAUCACUGUACAUGUAGUGUGUAAAAUGGUUAGUUUUGUCGAAUAAAUCAGUUAGCAACAUGAUAGCCAAUUAUCAUGGUGAGAUGGUGACCACGCCAUCCUUUUGGCUUGCCUGCUAAAAUGGCAGGACAACUAUGCCGCCCCUCAACCCACUGUUGCUUAGGUAAUGCCUUGAAUAUUACGGCAAAUUCGCUCUACAUGCUGACCUAAAAAACCCUCAAAAUGGUGGUCAGCCGCGGUUUCAUCAAAAUAGUAUGCGAUCCAUGCCUUCGUGUUCCUCCAUAACCUAAGGUUUUUGAGAACAUGGAACUCUGUGUCAACAUUCCUCAUUUUCAAUAUGCCCUCUAGAUUUAAUGCUACUUUUAGAAGAGAGGUGGAAUCUGAUUUCCUGUUCCGUCGUGGGAUACGAGAGAGAGAGAGCUGGACGCCCUUUUAUACCUUUUUUGGUAAUUUCAAUGGGAUAUAAUGAAAAUUUGCCCUUUUUUCCAUAAUAUCAUCUGUUGAAUCCACUCUGGUUGGCAGUGUGAUUUUCUGCGAGGCUGUUGCCAUUUAUGGAGUCAUCGUUGCCAUCAUCUUGCAAACAAAGCUGGAAAGCGUGCCGGCCUCUGUCGUCUAUGAUGCCGAGUCCCUAAGAGCAGGAUAUGCGAUCUUCGCAUCGGGCAUCAUUGUGGGCUUCGCCAACCUCGUCUGCGGGUAAAUCACCAUCGCCUCCCUCUAUCUUCUCACUCUUCGAUCAAACCACCCCAGUAAAGAAAACUGACCUCUCUCUCUCUCUCUCUCUCUUUCUCUCUCUCUCUUUCUCUCUCUAUUUUUUUUUGUGACAGGCUCUGUGUGGGGAUAAUUGGGAGCAGCUGCGCCCUGUCAGAUGCCCAGAACUCCACCCUGUUCGUAAAGAUCCUGGUGAUCGAGAUCUUCGGCAGUGCCCUCGGGUUAUUUGGAGUUAUUGUGGGUAUAAUCAUGUCGGCACAGGCCACGUGGCCGGCGGCAAAGUCCUCAUGA